AUGAACCCAUUGCUGCAGCUUGUGCUUGCAGUUUUCUUUCUCAUCAACGAUGGACUCGCUGCUCCAGCCUCGGUACCCACCCCUACUGUCACCAUCGACUCUGGUGUUGUGGUGGGAGUAGCAACAUCACCAGCUGGAGCGACUGUCACGGUCAACAAGUACCUAGGGAUUCCCUUCGCAGCCUCCCCCAUCCGAUUUGCACCGCCCACCCAGCCGACUCCCUGGACGAGCCCCUACAAUGCGACCAAAUAUGGCCCGGCGUGUAUUCAGCAGUUCAACUAUCCCGAGGCGUCGCGGAAUGCCACUAUGGGCUGGUUCAACACUCCUCCGCCGCCAGCUGGGGAGAGCGAAGAUUGUCUCAACCUGAAUGUCUAUGUCCGUGGGACGCCGGGCAAGAACAAGACGGUGAUGGCAUGGAUCUAUGGCGGAAAUCUCAACUACGGCUCGAAUUCUUUGGCUAUCUACGACGGAACCUCGUUUGCGGUAAAUCAAGAUGUCAUCAUCGUCACGCUUAACUACCGCACAAAUGUCUUUGGAUUUCCCAAUUCUCCUGAGUUGCCAUUCACAAAACGCAACCUUGGGUUGUUGGACCAACGCCUUGCUCUGGACUGGAUCCAAAGAAACAUACAAUCCUUCGGCGGUGAUCCCAAGAAAGUGACCAUCUUUGGAGAAAGUGCCGGGGCAGCAAGUGUCGACAUGCUUGUCACCACUCAUCCCAUAAACCCCCCUUUCCGCGCCGCGAUCAUGGAAUCCGGCCAAACAUCAUUCUACAUCAACCCAACCAACGCGCCCACCUCAUGGCUCGCCCUAGCCGCCGCGCUCAACUGCAGCGCCACACACCCUCAAUCCAACCUAACAUGUCUCCGCAACCAGACCGCCUCGACCAUCAAAUCGACCAUCGAACACCUCGCCCUCCCCUUCCGGCCGGUCUCAGACAACGUCACGAAUCUGCGCUACCCGGAAGCCGCCCGGCUCAACGGCAGCAUCGCCCCCGUGCCCAUUCUCACGGGCACCAACACCAACGAAGGUACCCUCUUCACCAUCGGCGUCACCAACGCCACAGCCUACCUGGGCGGCACCCUCCCUGGGCAAACGGCACUAAUCAACGCCAUUUUGGCAUCCUACCCGCUGCCGGAAUCACAACAGGUCGCCGCGAUCGCCACGGACUUUGCGUUCCAGUGUCCCGCGGCCAUCGUGGCCAAUGAUUCGAUUGCCGCUGGGUUUCCGGCGUGGCGGUAUUUCUAUAAUGCCACGUUUCCCAAUAUCCAGUUGGCUGGGUUCCCCACGGCGGGCGUCUUUCAUAGUUCCGAGAUCCCGCUGGUCUGGGGCACGUAUCCGCGCGUCAAUGCCACCGAGGAUGAAAGGGCGUUGAGUCAGUAUUUGCAGACAUCGUGGGCGACGUUCGCGAGGAAUCCGAGCGGUGGGCCGGGCUGGGCGGGCGUGCCGAUCGUCGCGGAUCUGGGCACGGGAGGGGUUCUCAAUACUUUGGUUUCUGCCGGGGAUUUGGAUCAGAGGUGUGCGCUGUAUCGACUGGUUUUUGAGGCUACGGGGGUAGCUGCGCCGGGGGGUGGUGGUGUAUGA